GACACCGGGCCUCCGAUGCUACUGUAGGUUGUCUCCCAGCACAAUAAUCGCUGACGUCAUAUUCAGUGGACGGAAGUCGACCUGACUGCAGAGAAGAAUGGCUGGGCUGCUGAAAAAGACAACCGGCCUGGUCGGCCUGGCCGUGUCCCACAAUCCCCACGAGCGUCUGAGGAUUCUGUACUCGAAGAUCCUGGCGUCACUGCAGACUAUGCCGCAGGACGCAGCCUACAGGAAGUACACAGAGCAGCUGGUCAGCGAGAGGUUCAACCACGUCAAAGCGGAGGCUGAUGUUGAGAAGCUGGAGAAGAAGAUAAACUGUGGGCAGAUUGAAGAAGUAAUUUUCCAGGCGGAAUGUGAGCUGGCUCUGUCCAGGAAGAUGUCUGAGUGGAAACCAUGGGAGCCCCUGACAGAAGAGCCUCCUCCCAACCAAUGGAAGUGGCCCGUCUGAGUCCACUUUGUGAAGCGCUCAUGUCAUACGUCUGUGUGUGAGAUCAUACCUCUGCUUCUAAUGAAGUCCUGUACAAAUAAAAGUUGUGCAAACAUUU